UUUUUUCAAAAACUUUAUAAAGAAAUUAUGAACUUUACAAAAGCCUCUCAACUUCCAACACAGAAGGAAAUCAACGAAUUUCAAAAAAAUGAUUCGUCUAUAUCUACUGUUCAAGAAAUCCAAAUUCCUAUGACUCAAACUCAGGUUCAAGCUUCUGCAACACAAAAUAUUCAAAAUUCAAGUCAAUAUAUCAGGAAAUGUAAAGACUUCAGUAACAGCACCUUUUAA